AUGGCAGCAACUUUGAUUCCGAGGAAGUUGCCUUCAACAGAGGGCAAGGAGACCGAGCGGGGAUGGUUAAAACGGCAGGUCACCAAUUGCCUGCAAUCCAUCUCCCGUCGUGCCUGUCUUCAUCCGAUUCACACUAUCGUGGUGGUUGCGCUUCUCGCCAGCACUACCUACGUCGGUCUGAUCGAGGGCAGUAUCUUCGACACGAUCAGGAACCCUCGAAAUGUCGUGGGUCAAGUGGAUGUCGAGACCCUCCUUCAAGGUAGCAGGAAUCUUCGGCUGGGCGAGAGUACCUCCUGGAAGUGGCAGGUCGACGACGCGUUGACGCUCGAAGAGGAACAGUCCCAAGUUGCCCAGCAUCUCGCAUUGGCCACCUUCAUCUUCCCCGACUCCCUGUCGCGAUCGGUUUCCACGGCCCCCGUUGCCGAAGAAGUACCCAUUCCUUCCAAUGCUUCCGCACAGGUGGUCCCUCAGACUCCAAACCUGUUCUCGCCCUUCACGCACGACUCGUCGCUCGCGUUUGCCCUUCCCUUUGAUCAGGUGCCUCAAUUCCUGAAAGCGGUGCAGGAAAUUCCCGACCCUUCGGCCGACGAAGAUGUUGGAGAGCAGAAAAAAUGGAUCAUGCGCGCGGCCCGAGGCCCAGCCUCUGGCUCAGGUACAUCGGUCAAGCUUUGGCUGACCGAUGCAUGGAGCUCUUUUGUGGACUUGAUCAAGCACGCCGAAACGAUCGAUAUUGUGAUCAUGGCGCUAGGAUACCUCUCCAUGCACCUCAGCUUCGUCUCUCUUUUCUUCUCCAUGCGUCGUCUCGGUUCACAAUUCUGGCUGGCGUUCACCGUCCUUUUGUCUGGCGUAUUUGCCUUCCUGUUCGGCCUCCUCGUGACGACCAAACUCGGUGUCCCGAUCAAUGUGCUCCUGCUCUCUGAAGGUCUUCCAUUCCUCGUUGUCACCAUUGGAUUCGAGAAACCGAUCAUUCUCACCAGGGCUGUCCUUAGCGCUUCGAUGGACAAGAAGCUACAGGGUGCGCAAGCUGGUACCGCCAACUCCAACCAGCUGAGCCCAGCCGCCCCACGAUCCAUUCAAGACUCGAUCCAGACCGCGAUCAAAGAGCAGGGGUUUGACAUUGUCCGUGACUACUGUAUCGAGAUUGCCAUCCUGGUUGCUGGUGCCGCUUCGGGAGUUCAGGGUGGUUUGAGGCAGUUCUGUUUCCUUGCAGCCUGGAUUCUGUUUUUCGAUUGCGUGCUGCUCUUUACCUUUUACACCACGAUCCUCUGCAUUAAGCUUGAGAUCACGCGGAUCAGGCGCCACGUCGCCCUCCGCAAGGCUUUGGAGGAGGAUGGAAUCACGCAUCGUGUGGCUGAAGACGUCGCCUCGAAUAACGACUGGCUCCAGUCUGGUUCAAAGACCGAUGGGCCCAGUGACACCAACAUUUUUGGAAGGAAAAUUAAGUCGAGCAACGUCCGUCGCUUCAAGAUCAUAAUGGUUGGAGGCUUCGUCUUGAUCAAUGUGGUCAACCUGUCCGCCAUCCCUUUCCGGAACUCUGCUGCGCAAGGCUCUAGUGUGCCUCUUCUCUCACGGGUCUCUAAUAUUCUGUCACCGACACCGAUUGAUCCUUUCAAGGUUGCUGAGAAUGGUCUCGACUCGAUCUACGUUUCUGCUAAGAGCCAGAUGAUGGAAACGGUGGUGACGGUCAUUCCUCCUGUCAAGUACAAGCUCGAGUAUCCCUCGGUGCACUAUGCUUCUCCCGAAGACGGUCAAUCUUUCGAUAUUGAGUAUACCGAUCAAUUCUUGGAUGCAGUUGGUGGACGGGUAAUCGAGAGCCUGCUGAAGAGCGUCGAAGAUCCGAUCAUUAGCAAGUGGAUUAUUGCUGCCUUGACCCUCAGCAUCAUUUUGAAUGGAUACCUGUUCAAUGCCGCGCGGUGGAGUAUCAGGGAACCCGAGCCCACUCCGGCGGCCCCGAAGGUGGCCCCCGCGGCACCGAAGGUGUAUCCCCAAAUUGACCUCAACAACACCAAAGGCCCCACGAGAAGUACCGAGGAGUGUGAAGUGAUGUUAAAGGAAAAACGUGCCGCCUACUUGACAGAUGAGGAGUUGAUCGAGCUGUCGGUGCGAGGCAAAAUCCCCGGAUAUGCUCUGGAGAAGACGUUGGAAAACGAGGAUCUCAUGAGCCGCGUGGAUGCCUUCACCAGGGCAGUCAAGAUCCGAAGAGCGGUGGUUUCCAGGACCAAGGCCACUUCAGCUACCUCUACCUCGUUGGAAGCCUCCAAGCUCCCGUACAACCACUAUAACUACUCUCUAGUCCACGGUGCCUGUUGCGAGAAUGUAAUCGGCUAUUUACCUUUGCCGCUGGGAGUCGCUGGACCUCUCAUGAUUGACGGUCAAAGCUACUUUAUCCCUAUGGCUACAACGGAAGGUGUCCUAGUCGCUAGCACUAGUCGGGGUGCCAAAGCUAUUAAUGCGGGCGGUGGUGCCGUUACUGUCCUCACGGGCGAUGGCAUGACUCGCGGUCCCUGUGUUGGAUUCCCUACGCUUGCACGAGCUGGCGCCGCCAAGGUCUGGAUCGAUUCCGAGGAAGGGCAGAGCAUCCUGACUGCGGCAUUCAACUCCACUAGCCGAUUUGCCCGCCUUAAGUACAUGAAAACCGCGCUGGCUGGUACCUACUUGUAUAUUCGGUUCAAGACCACCACCGGUGAUGCGAUGGGCAUGAACAUGAUCUCUAAAGGUGUGGAGAAGGCGCUGCAUAUUAUGGCCACCGAGUGUGGCUUUGAGGAUAUGGCGAUCAUCACCAUUUCCGGGAACUACUGCACGGACAAGAAGUCUGCGGCAAUCAACUGGAUCGACGGUCGCGGCAAGUCCGUUGUGGCCGAGGCCAUCAUCCCGCAGGAGAUCGUCCGGAGUGUUCUAAAGAGUAACGUGGAUGCGUUGGUUGAGCUGAACACCAGCAAGAACCUGAUCGGUAGCGCGAUGGCAGGCAGCUUGGGCGGAUUCAACGCGCACGCGUCCAAUAUUGUUACAGCCAUCUUCCUCGCCACGGGCCAGGAUCCCGCGCAGAAUGUUGAGAGUAGCAGCUGCAUCACCACGAUGAGAAAUCUCAAUGGCGACCUUCAGAUUGCGGUAUCGAUGCCUUCGAUUGAGGUUGGCACAAUUGGCGGUGGCACUAUUCUGGAAGGACAAUCCGCCAUGCUGGACAUGCUCGGUGUCCGUGGCUCUCAUCCCACGAACCCGGGCGAGAACGCUCGCAAACUUGCGCGCAUUGUUGGUGCUGCCGUGCUCGCUGGAGAGCUGAGUUUGUGCUCGGCGUUGGCUGCCGGCCACCUUGUCCGGGCACACAUGGCACACAACCGUAGUGCGGCUCCCACUCGGUCAGCGACUCCUGUCUCAGCUGCUGUGGGAGCGGCGCGCGGACUGACGAUGACUGGCUCCAAAUGA